UGAUCCCAGAUCGGCUCUGUUUGGAGCGAAAUGAACACCAUUCUUUUCCAUUAGUGGAAAGAUUUUGAAUAGAAUGACUUGCAAAAUUCUGAGAAACCAAAGCUGUGAAAAAAAAGUAUACUCGUCGAAUAAAAUAAAGAAAAAGCAGCCACCAUCACAAGAAGCUGAAGUUGUCAGACACACUGCACAUGCGCGGUGACGCGCGUGUAAUUUCUAUUUGGCUCAGCAAGUGCCCCGAAGCACGUUUUCUACCAGUUUGUAAACACAGUCGUUUGGAGCGAACAGUUUGAAACCAAAAGUUUGCUUCAGAACCCUCCAAGCCCCUGUAUUUGACCCACAUAAGGUGCAGUGAUGGCAUCAGAGGAGAAGAAGCCAGUCAUAGAAAGACAUAAGCCACAUUCAACAUCAUCAUCCUCCUCCAAGUCUGCUCCUGUGAAGCCAAACUACUCCUUGAACUUCACCCUCGCAGGUCACACAAAAGCUGUAUCAUCAGUCAAAUUUAGCCCUAGUGGUGAAUGGUUAGCCAGUUCAUCGGCAGACAAGCUCAUCAAAAUAUGGGGCGCUUUUGAUGGAAAAUUUGAGAAGAGUCUUGCAGGACAUAAACUUGGAAUAUCAGAUGUGGCCUGGUCUUCAGAUUCAAAUCUUUUGGUGUCUGCAUCCGAUGACAAAUCACUGAAGAUCUGGGAUAUGAGUUCGGGAAAAUGUCUGAAGACACUGAAAGGCCAUAGCAACUACGUCUUCUGUUGUAACUUCAACCCACAGUCGAACCUUGUUGUUUCUGGAUCUUUUGAUGAGAGCGUACGGAUUUGGGAUGUCAAAACUGGCAAGUGUCUGAAGACCCUGCCAGCUCACUCGGACCCCGUCUCAGCGGUUCACUUCAACAGAGACGGAUCUCUAAUAGUAUCCAGUAGCUAUGAUGGUUUAUGCCGACUGUGGGACUCUGCGUCAGGACAAUGCCUGAGAACUCUUAUAGAUGAUGACAACCCUCCUGUCUCAUUUGUGAAGUUUUCUCCAAAUGGAAAAUACAUUCUAGCUGCGACACUGGACAAUACAUUAAAGCUCUGGGACUACAGCAAGGGAAAGUGUCUCAAGACAUAUACUGGACAUCAGAAUGAAAAGUAUUGUGUGUUUGCCAAUUUUUCUGUGACUGGAGGAAAGUGGAUCGUCUCAGGCUCUGAAGACAACAUGGUGUAUAUCUGGAACUUGCAGACCAAAGAAAUUGUUCAGAAGUUGCAAGGGCACACAGAUGUAGUGAUCUCGACAGCUUGUCACCCUACAGAGAACAUCAUUGCCUCUGCAGCCCUGGAGAACGACAAAACCAUCAAACUGUGGAAAAGUGAUUGUUAAGUUAAAGCACUGCACUUCAGAGGCUUUAGUAGAAACUUCAGAAUGACGACUUCCAGUAGUGUCUGUCUUUUAUAAUGGUUUGAUGGCUCUUAGCGCAGGGUUAUUAUCUGAGAGAUGGGCAGGUCCUGUCUGCUCAGAAUAGGGACAAUCUCACUCGAGCCUUUUUCCCCUUAAUAUACUCUAAUGAUCUACUGUAAUGUUUUCAGUUCAUUUUAAUUUAUUACUGAAGAACAAAUGUUUUCUAUCAAAUCAUGGAUUCAGUUGUUUUAUUGAUCUGGAUGGGUAAAUAUGGGUGUGCUUAUGGUAGACAUACCAAAAAUGGAUUUAUAAAUGUUUUUAAGCAAGAGAAUUUUCAGGUCUUUUUUGCCAUCAAAUGAUUGUCUUUUUUUGCUUUUCGUUUAGUAUUUUGCAAUCAUUAAUAUUGAUCCGUGAAUUACCAAUGUGCUUAGGAUCCUUAAAUUGUUUCUAAACAUUAUUUUCCAAUAUUUAAGCUUUGAAUUUGAAGGCAUAAAUUUGUAUUCAUGGAUUUGGUCCAUUGGAGCAGUAGGUAAAUUUCCAUAACGUUUCCUUUUUUUUUUUCU